CGUGGUGGAGCAUCUACACGUGGAAAGAGGGCUACAGCUCAGCCAACAUUCAAAGGUCGACGGAGCAAGGAGGAGCGAGAGCAGCGAGUCCAGGCAGAUCUAGCUCGAGAUCGCCAGAGGAUGAAAGAGCGCGAGGCCGAAGCCAAAAAGGCAGGCGCGCAGCCGAAGAAAGAGAAGGAAAAGGAGGGGAGAAGGAAUGCCAAUGCCCACGGACGAGGCGGUGGUUUCACGGGUGCAGAUCUGGACAGCCCAUUCUCGUGGAGUGCCCGCAAGAAAGCAUCCGGAAAUCAAGCCGCACGUUUCGCAUCAGGCUUCGGCUCAGGUUUAGGCUCAGGAUUCGGAUCUGGACCAGGAGCGACUCGAGUCAAGCGCGAGCCCAACAACGAUGGAGGUUACAUGUCACUUGGGAUUCCGGUCAAGAAGGAGGAUGGUGGCUACGUGUCGUCUGGUGAGGAAGACGACGUCAAAUACCCGAGAAAGGAUAUCGAUACCAUCCAGAUAUCAUCCGAUGAGGAUGAGGUCAGUCAAUCAGUAACCAAAGGCAAUAAAGGAAAGGGCACUGCUCCGCAGCUACUCAUGCCCGUCCGCGUCAACAGGAAAGAGCACCACGACCGCGUCGUUGGAAUCAAUACGGAGGCCAGCUCUGCUACGUCUACGAAGUCGCUGCAACAAGUUGAAGCACCGGGAGAAUCGCGCCAGGCAGAGACCGCUGAGUCUGUUUCGCGGAAAGGAAAGGGAAAGAUGAAAGAUGUUGAAAUCACAGACGUUCGAAGGCCAUAUAAGGGAAUGUGGCAAGAUGCGGAUGAGCCACAUAUAUCCGUCAAGACAGAGACAAUUAGCGAUGAGGAGAACAGCCCCGAGGCAGUAGAUGUUCGUACAGGAACUUCAGUUAAAGCAGCGGAAAGGCAGUCGCGCACUUCACCAUCAGUGGAGAGAAGACCCCAAGCUAAGGGCAGCAUUGCUGGAGAACUCGUCCAUCAAACAGACGAGGACCGGGCAGAGUGGGAGCGUGGCCAAGCUAAGCGGCGCUACAUGCUACUCGAGCUUGGUCCAGGAGAGGUACCAGCACCUAAAGGUAAAGAAGACAAUGGCCAGACGCCACGAACAGUGCGGGAUGACCAUCCCUACCUUUUCCAGUUCCCACGGGGUAUUCCAGAGCUGCUGCUCCCGAAGAUCAAAGCAGAGCCAUUCGAUUCCAGCGACCAUGGAGCCAAGACAUCGACCAGCACUGAGCAGACGGUCGGCAAAUCGGAAGACACAUCCUCUGGCUCUGCGCUUACAAGCCCGAAAUAUCCCAGUGCUGGCGGAUACGUUGGAAAGCUGCGCGUUCGUAAAUCAGGCAUUGGGGAGUUGGACUGGGGCGGAUUCCCCUUAGACGUGUCGCCUGCGCUGAAGGUACAUUAUCACCAAGAGGUCGUCAGGCUCAACAUUACCCCCGAGCAAGAGCGUGUGGUGGAGGAAGAUGGAGGAGAAGCGCAUUCAUUGGGGCGCCUGAAAGGCAAGUACGUCGUCAAGCUGAAUUUGGAUGAGCUCCUGGGCUAG